UUUCAGAUUCAAAGAAGAAGAGAGGUCUGCUAGGGUUUAUAGAUUCAAUUUCAAUCAACGCCAUUUUCUCAUCUUCUUCCUCUGUUGUAUCUCUGGUUCGCCUAUUCUUGCCGCCACAACACGCAUCAGACGCCGCCGCUCCCUGCGUCCGCCGCCACUCCUCACAGACUCGGAGGAACGAACUAUCAGUAUCAUCACCCUGUUAAAUUUCGCAGAGAAAAAACGAGAACCAGAGCGACCCUUGAUGACACUGAAAUAGGACAACUUUCCUCAACCCCACUUCUUGUUGAGGACGACAAACCCAGCAAGGAAGUAGAGGAAAGUGUAAAAGUGCUAAAAGAUGCAGCUAAGACGAGAAAGGUAGCAGCAGAGAAGGUUCUGUCUGCACUUUCUAUCAUUGAGAAAGCGAAAAUUGAUCCUUCUGGCUUUCUUGAAACCCUGGGAGGCAAUGAAUCCCCUGGGAGGACAUGAAUGCUAAUUUUCACCGCUGAAAUGAACAUAUUUGUAUUAUUUUUUGUUUGCUCGUUCUUUGGCUAGUAGUUUGAUCAUGGCCUUGACAUUUGUUUUCAGUCUAUGGAGUAUGUAGUGAUAAAAUUAUGAUUCUUCCUCAGCUUAAUUUGCUCUGUGCUGCAUUAUUAUGAUUAUUGUUAUUGCUUUGCUCUCACAAAUAUAUUAAUGUUUUUGACGGCUCUGAUAUGUCAAUUCAAGUGAUUCUAGGGUUAUUAUAGUGUCACAAUCAUUCACACUAGAUUGCAGCAUAGCCAUCACGACUUCAUACACAGUUAUGAAUUAUGAUGGGAGCAAGUAAGCUAAAUCUUGGAGACAAACCCAGAGCAAUGAAGCUAGUAGACUAUUCCGUUCAAAAACUAUAUCUUGCGCAGCUUUGGAUGGCUAUUGAAAAAUUCGACAAAAUCAAUCUCUGGAAAGGGUUGCAGAGCUUCAAAGUCCCCUGUGAAUUCAACCUUCAUAAAAAGAUGCUUCACCUCACUUGCCAAUUUCAGCAUUUUACAUAUUGCAUCACAGCUCCACUGGACUCCUCGCAUCGACAGGAACUCCAGAACAUUGAGGUUUCCGAAAUCUAUCAUGUAUACCCUCCCUGGAAACAAUUAACAUGAGUUGAAAGAAAUAUAAGAACAAGAAAACACAGCAGGUAAGAAAAAACUAUAUGUACAAGAAUCACUUAAUAUGGAAAAUUACCCGAACUGUUGGAAAUUGAAAGCUUCUUCAAAUGCCCGGUUUCAGGGACCCUGAUCCAACUACAGCCUUGUACCUCAAGGGAUUCAAUUUUCGGAGAGAUAAGAGAAAGUGAACAGUUUCCCAGACCAUAAAAAUCGUCCUCAUGAAGCUGUUUGAGAUUGAGUCAUACAAGGCAUGGGCAGCUGCAGAACUUGAGCAACAGAAAGAGGUUGAAGAGGCUGAGGUUUCCAUGCAGGAAGCUCAGGACUACCUUGAUUCUAUCACGGAAAGUGCCAUGGACGAGUUCCGGCGCUUCGAAGAGGAGCUUGAGAGCAUGUCAAAGGCUGAAAUGGAGAGCCUAGUUAACACUGCUGAGGGUGCAAGAAAGAUGGGAAAUUUGAUGGAGAAAGCUGCCUCCAUUGCUUCCAAGAAGUAUAUUGAGGCUGCACUCAAUUCAGCCACUGCUUCCAUGAAAUCUGCUUGGAAGGGAAUCUCUUCUGGCAAGGUCCAUCCUUCUUAAAACAUGACAAUAACAAAAUAACCCUCCUAUUGAAAUGUAUUUAGUUAAAAUCUGUAAUAAGAUACUUCUGUUUUAGCCUUUUGUUUUGUUAUCUUCUGUUCUUAUAUUGCUGCUAUAGAAAUUGGAUCAGAAUUGAUGUACCAAAUUUGAUAGGCUGAGAAUUCAUGAUUCAGCCACCAGUGAGAAUGCAAACAGAUUUAAUGUUCAUGACACAUUGAAAAUCCAAUACUUUCAUGGAUGAAUCUGAUAUAACAGUUAGUAGUUAGGUUUAUGAAGCUUAA